AUAUAGAAUUUUGAUCUGACCGUCACCGUUGACAACAACAACGCCGAGAAAGAAAAAAUAUUGGGAAACUUCACAGCUAGCUGUAAAUAAAGAAGAAAAACUUUGGAUUUUGUGCUAUUAAAAUGCCUGAAAACACUGUUGUGACGGUUAGGUAUGGGCCAUAUCACGCUUGUGGAGUAACAGCUCACAGAGCACAAAGACUGAGUGGUUUACGAGCCCUUCUUGAGGAGAACGGUCACACUGUGGAGUUGGAAGAGAUCAAAGACUGGAAUGUUAUUGAGUUAAUCGUGAAUGGAGAACAGGUUUACAAUUGUGAUAUCCUGGAACUUGAUUAUGGAGGAGACGGAAAGCUAGAUGAUCACUGCCACAAAGCCCUGGAAGCAGUUCAGAAAGCCUACUAAAUACCAGAGGAAAAUAUUUAUUUAAAAAAAUCGUAAAUGGACCUCAUUUUGUGAUGGAAAUCAUGUGCUCUUCUCCGGGAAAUGUGAGCUUUACUCGUACUCCCCCACUCUACUCAGUUUGAAAAUCAUUGAGGACGUGAUGAAACAUUAUUACAUCAUGCAAGUCAACAAGGACAUCCCAAGAGCAUUUUAUGUAAUAUUAUACCUGUAAUUUAAGAUUAAAAGUUGUUUAUUAUGUAAAUAAAUUUUGUGUACAUCAUUUUUGUAAAAUUGUCUAUUUUCUAUAAAGUUGUGUAUUGAAAAUGUUUUAAAAAAAGGUGGAGAGUGAGUUCUAAAAGAAUUUCACCUACAUGGCGCAUCUGGCCCCCCUCUGCUUUGUCUUUAAAAUUUAGUUCUUUUAAACUUAUCUUUUAAAUGGCCUUAAAUUGCUAUCACACAAUUCUUCCCCCCCCCCCCCGUCUUAACAUCCUGUUAAUGCUUGGCAUAGGUUAUAUAGAUAAUAUGGUGAGAGAGAACUUUUUUUAUCUCCGUGAAGUGACCUUUGACCUGGCAUAUGUGGGUCCGAGCAUGGCACAGCUGUCUCUCUCUACUAGCUAUGGCCCUAUGCAUCUAUUUUUAAUUUAACUUUACAGUUCUAUUUAAAACGUCAUUGCAAUUCUAAAAAUAUGCAAAUUUAUUUUCCUUCCUCCAGUAGCAGAAUCUGGUCAGAUAGUAAACACAGACCUCACAAAAUUUGUAACGUAAUCCAUACCUCAUAUCUAGAAGAAUUAUAUCGAAAUUGUUGACAUUUUUAUAUUUUUCUUUUCCACAAGAAGUUCAGUGUUUAGAACUUUUGAAUACUGAUGAUAACCCAAUUUAUCAUUAUAAGCGUUGGAAAGUAACAAAUAUAUAUCUUGUGAAAGCAUAAUUUCAUUGUUGCUUUAGCGAUUUUCAAACUUAUCGGUAUAUUUUAUUAAUAAAGUAUUAUAAGAAAUUGAA